AUAAGGAAUAGCUUUCAGAGGACAGCAUCUUUUCAAGACUUCUGUACGUGGAUAUAUAUAUACAACCAUCGAAUCCAGACCAUUGUUUCAUCUCUGCAAACCCUUCUACUGUAAUCCUAGAAAGAUCAAAAAGAAAAAAAAAAAACAAAAAAAACAAAACAAAACAGAGAAGAGGAUUAAAUCAGAGAAAAAUGGCCUCCACUUCCGCGGAUCCUCGCUCUUACGUAGAUUUUGAACCACGAUUAGAAUGGCUUAAGGGAAAGGAAAGUGAUACAAUUAUUGUUGAUGUCUCAGGAUUCAAGAAAGAGCAGCUGAAAGUUCUGAUAAACACAGCAGGAAACCUCAAGAUCAGCGGCGAGCGGCUGAUCGAAGGCAACCAUUGGAGCCGAUUUCUUCGCAGCUUUACUGUCCCAAAGAACAUCAACCUGAAAGGAAUCCAAGCCAAGUUCGAUGGCAAUGAAGGUCUUCUCUAUGUCAUCCUGCCAAUCUCACUUUCAUCAGUACCAGAACUAAUCACUCCACCAUUACCAACAAAAGCUCAGGAAAACUCUUCAGAAGGCACCAGAGCUCACCAAGAAGCUUCUUUUAUUGGGGGGAAAGAAGCUCCAAAGAUGCAGGAGAAAGAAGCGGCUGAAGAAGAAGAGAAAGAAAGGAAUUCAGGUGAGAAAAGUGCAGAAGAUUAUAAAGAGGAUAUAAACACAUUAGAAAGUGGAAGGAAAGGAUCACUGGUUGCUUCUGUUAUAAACAAGCGGAAGCUGGUAAUACUUAGUGUGAUAUUCGGUGUUAUGGUUGCUUUGGGUCUUGCAGUUUAUUUGAGCUAUAGAAGUAAAGGUCUGUAAAUG